AUGGGAUUCGGUUUCAUCCUCGAAGACCAUGGCGGCCUGCCCCGCGUCCCAGGAACAAUCAUCCUCGAAGAAGACAUCGCUCACAGCGAAGCCACGACCGGUGCCUUGAAGCAUGGCACUGGACGCUCCUCGCACAUCGUGCUCACGCCUCAACCAUCUGAUGAUCCCAAUGAUCCUUUGAAUUGGUCUCAAUCUCGCAAAUUGACCAUUAUGCUCAUCACCGGCAUGGGCACCAUUCUCUACGGUGCUGUCUUUGGACCAUUGCUGAAUGCUAGUUUGGUGGUCAUCGCUGAGGAUCUGAAUGUCACCAUCACGGAUAUCACGUUGUUGAGUGGCUACCAGGUUGCGUUCAGUAGGAAGUAUGGGAAGAGGAGUCUGUUUGUGCUGAGUGCUAUUUCCGCUGUGGUGGGGAACAUCAUUGGUUCGACGAGUCACAAUUAUGGACAACUGCUCGCUGCACGCAUCAUCCAGGGAUUGUCGGUCAGCACAUACGAGUCGCUGCUUUUGGUGGUCAUUGGAGACUUGUUCUUUGUCCACGAGAGAGGAAUCUACACUUCAAUUGUCAGUUUCUUGCUCGCCGCAGUCUCGAACUUGGCUAGCGUGGUGUGUGGACCGAUCACCAACAAUCUGGGGUGGAAAUACUUGUUCCAUAUCUUUGUCGCCCUUUCGGUGGUGCAGACACUGUGCCAGAUCUUCUUCGUGCCCGAGACGACGUAUCGCAGAGAUCAGAGGUACAAUAUUGGAGAAUUGGCAACAGACAACUUCGAUGAGUUGGCCGCUCAUGAACAUCGACAUGAGAAAGAGCAAGUCCAGCAACUCGAAAGCGUCGCAACACGAACUUCUAUCCCGAAGAGGAAGACUUUUUGGCAGAAUAUGAAGCUCUUCGACGGAGCGUACUCGGACGAAUCACUCGUUCAUCUCUUGAUCGCUCCGUUCGCAGUCUGCAUGAAUAUCGCAGUAGCAUACAUAAUCGUUGUUCAGGGAUGGUUCGUAGGUCUUUAUGUUGCCAUUGCGUUUGUUCUGGCCCAGAUCUUCGGCUACCCACCAUACAACAUGAGUCCAAGUGGCAUUGGAUACUUGUCUUUGGGACCAUUCAUUGGUGGUCUCGUUGCAGUCUUACUCUUCGGCGCCAUCACCGAUCCCCUCAUCAUUUUCAUGACGAAGAAGAACAAAGGAGUCUACGAGCCAGAAUAUCGACUUCUUAUUGCCGGGCUGGGUUUGAUCAGCGGAGCAGGACUCUUUGGCUAUGGCCAUGUGACCCAGGUCUACGGGAGUCCAUAUGUUGCAGCCACUCUCCAUGCUUUUGUCCUCUUUGGAGUCAUGGCUCUUAUUGUUGCAACUUCAACCUAUGCCCUUGAUGCGUAUAGAGACAUGAGCAACGAGAUCUUCAUCAUGGGCAUGCUAUUCAAGAACUUCUUGCUGUACGGUUUCACAUAUUUUAUCAACAACUGGUUGGCUAGAGCCGGACCUCAACAACUAUUUUAUGUGUUUGGAGCGACAGGAUUUGGGGUAAUGGCAGGAAUUCCAAUAAUGUACGUGCUUGGGAAGAAGUAUCGGAGUUACUGGUGCAGGCACAACUUGCUCGAGAAGUUCCACAUCAGAACACACGCAGAAUAA